UGCCCAAGUAAUCCUGUCAGCUUGCAUGUGAGAGAAUCAGUAAUCCUCUAACUCGCAAGGUUUGGUGCAGGGAAGGCUACACACCAGUGUUGCAGAUCCUUUAAUUCAUUACCGAAGCCCGCCCUCACCCUGAGCAUCAUAGAAGGAUGCUCAGAGGCAGACGUGCAUAUCAAGUGGGGAGGACACAGUUAGUUGUCUGAAGCGCGGUGUUCUCAGAAGAGUUAGAGCGACUGUCACAGCCCCUGACAUAUCCGGUUUUUAUUAGUUUUGAUGGUGACUUGAUGUUGUUAGGGAUUCAGGUCUCGUCUUCGCCUCUGAGAUCAUCUGAAUAACGUUGGUGACAGGGAAGGGGAUGUGGAGGAUGAGGCACCCACAGGCACCCUGGAUCAGACUAUAUAAAUCUGGGAGGAGGCAGCGGCAGGAGAGCCUGGCCUUCCCAGCUUGUCCGGCACAAGGCUGAGCCACAAGCGAGAGACGUCGGAGAGGAAAGCGCUUUCCUUCACCCCAAGCGGCCAUGAGAGGGGCCAUGGGAGUCUCAGUCGUGCUUCUCCUGCUGACUGUAUCUGACUCUGCGGUGAUCACGGGGGCCUGUGAGUGGGACGUCCAGUGCGGGGCCGGUACCUGCUGUGCCAUCAGCCUGUGGCUGCGGGGGCUGCGGGUAUGCACCCCGCUGGGGCGCCAAGGAGAGGAGUGUCACCCUAGCAGCCACAAGCUACCCUCCUUCCGGAAGCGUCAGUACCAUGCUUGUCCUUGCUCGCCCAACCUACUGUGCACCCAGUUCCUGGACGGCAGGUACCGCUGUUCCAUGGACUUGAAGAACAUCAACUUUUAAGAACAUCUUAACAAGCAGGGCCUGGCCCCGAACACAGCUUCUUUUGGGCUAUGCGGCCAGCUUCCCCUAACACCCACCCCUCUGUGCUGCAGCCCCCAUCCGGUCCCUCCUGCCUUGCUCACACAUGUGCAUACCUCCCUCUGUAGCAGGGCCCACAGGCUGACCCGAGCCUGGUUCUCUCGACUGCUCGGGCUGCCUGAGGAGUUGUGAAUGUGGAAAGGACCUUGCCUCCUCCCUGGGCCCUGGCCCUGACCUACACGUGCCCUGUCCCCCUGAACCAGACAUUCCUGAGCACAGGUCUCUGGGUACCUUUCUGAAUCAUGUGGGGCCUGGGAAGACCAAACCGAGAGUUGUCCAUCUUCCUCUGAUUAUAAUUCCAUACAUUUAGAUCUCAGACCCAAGGCUACCAGUUCCCAGACAGCAGAGGGCUGUCCCUGUGAGGUGGGUGUGGGGAACUGGAGAGAUCAGGCAGCCUCCUCACAGCCAGCUUGUGGCCUGUGACCUUCAACCUACCCACUAGAUCAGAACUGCAGGGCCUCUAAAGCACCCCCUAACAUUCUUUACCGAGUUACCAGUGAAGCCCCCAAUUCUCAGGGGCUUCCCAUUAAAAUGCAAAUGGUAGGCUUCAGUCUAAUCUGAUAGCAACCUGUUGAAGGCAGCCAGAGAGUUACCUAAAACAGCCCCCUGAGAACAGACCUGGAGGAGGGCCAUCCCCAGUCUGAAGGGGAGAAAGGCGUAGAAGCAGGGACGGAGAAGACAGGGAAGAAGAGAAGGAGAGGAGGACCUAGGUGCUUCAGCUUUGGAAUAGAAGGACAAAGCCCAGGUGCAUAGGCACAGAGCUCCUGCCUCUGCUUUAGCCAGGGCCAGUGCCUGUGUGAGGCCUGGCUGUGUCCAGGGGAGGAAGGGGAGGGGCUGGCGUUCCUUCUCCCAGAAAGGGCGAUAGUUUUGGAGUCCAUGGAUGUCAGGGUCUCUUUGAAUGAGUAUUGAGAGGCAGCUCAAAGACUGGUAAAAGUUGGAAAGGUUGGAGGCAAGAAGGGGGCUGUGUGCUGGUGUGGAAUGGGGAGUCUUGACUAG